AGAUCGUGUACUCGACGGUGAACGGCAUCAGCUCUACCUUAAGGGUAGAAUUUCCGCUAAAAUUCGACGAGUUUAGAGGUAGGUAGCUAAGCGAUUUACGGAGAGAAGAGCGAUUUAGUCGGGUUGGCAGUGGGAUCGGAAGGGAGUAAAAGGAGAGCCAUACUGUAUAUCGCAGCGCACGACUUCUGUGAUUGGAAAGGGGGAGCACGCAAGACAGAGCGACACCGACACCGACAUCGACAGCAGCUGCGAUGAAAUCACUCCGACGAGGGGAAGGAGUUGCUCCAGAGGAUAUAACCGAAAUCUUCCUCCCAUAGCGAAGAAAAUAUCCUCACUUCCUCCCAACACCGCCCUGUUGGUCCUUCGGAAAUUCUGGCGAGUUUUUACUUCCGCUACUCCAGAUCAUCAAUACGAACGACCUGUAUCAAAUCGAAGUAUUAACGCUAGCAUGAACAUGCAAAACAACGAGAGUGAGUCAACUAUUCUCGCCGAGGGUCCUUCGCACCCGAAAAGGUCACGAAUCCCGCUAUCGAACAAAUCCAACAUCGCCACAAGCCUCCUCACGAGACAAACCCCUUAUCAUGUUACUGCCGUAAUCUCUACACGAUGGGACCAUAGAGACUCGUCUGAGGGGCAGCCCAGCUCCCACGGAUCCAUAUACGACGCAGGCUUGAUAUCGGCCAGCGAACUCGACGCCAAGUCGCCGUGCCAGACCCCGGAUCCGGUCCCACUUCCUGCAACUUCGGUUCCGCCGUCACCUCGAGCUGCAUUCCCAAUAAUAGCAGAAAGACCGGCUACCCCUCCCUCGCCGCCGGCGCCGUUGGCGUCAUCCCGGCCCUCCAUUUCCCCGAAUUCGGAGUCCCCACUCUCUCAGCUCGCCGCGGCCUUCGACGCGACGGCAACGACGUUUCUGUAUGGUUGCGGCACCGAGCUCGCGCCCAUACGGGAGCAGCGCAGCGCCGCCACCUUGCGCACCAGCGGUAGCCGCUCGACGUCUAACAUCUCGUCGCUGAUGCCGCCGCGCCUCCAGCCCAGCCGCCGCCGCUUGCGUGACGGUUAUCAUACUAAGGAUCACAACGACGAGAAUGAGAACGAUGGGGGUCCCCUUCCGAGCAGAAACAAGGAUAAAAACAACCGCGGCGCCGACAAAGGCAAUAAUUUCAGCACGCCUCCCCUCUACCGACAGCAUAUUUUGCGUCAGCGGCGCUCCUUCAGCAUGGACGACGUCAGACCCCUCGUCGGCGCUACGGCCACGUCCACUUCGGCUCCUGCCGCUACCUCGGCCGCCGCCACCACCGCUCGUAGCAGCCAUGCCGACCGCCGCGACCAGGACGGCAGCAACAGCAGCCGCGACCACGCGUGCGCAGACGCAGACGCCGGUAUCCACGCGUACCCGCGGAACCCGCGGUACUCGCCGCACUGCGUGCCCCGCACCCCCCUCGGGUUCGCAGAGCACUGGAUGGCGGAGGCACGACGGCGGCUCCUCGAGGCGGAGGCGGAGCGGGAUCAGGCUUACGGUCGUACUAGCAAUAUUAGGGGUAGGAGCUGGAGCGAGGGCAGUAGAGGUAGUGGUAGAAGAGUCACGGUGGGACGUCGCCGAGGCGAGCCGCCGCUAUUCGAGCCCCAGUUCCACAGCAUCGGCGGGAGACACGCCGGAAUCCCGCUCGCGGGCCAUGCUUCUUUGCGGACGGAGAGGGAGAGGGAAAGAGGUAGGGAGGGUAGGGGGGUGGUUGAGGAGGGGCGAGAGGGGGGAUCGCGGAGCCAGGGCCCGGAGACGAGAGAACGGAGGAGGGAGAGUAGCGACGGGAGCCAUCGCUACGAGAGCGGGGGCUUCUCCGACCAAGCGGCAGCGGAGGAGGACACGACGGCUACGGCCGUGGAAACUGUGCUAGGCCGACGCGGAGGCGGCGUCGGGAACCCGCGCGUGUGCAGAGCUUGCGGGCGGCCGCGGUCGCAGUGGCGGAGACGUCGCCCCGGAGAGCUACGCCGUCGCGCGUGGUGCCCCCGGUGCGCGUGGCACGGCGUGCUGGCGGAUCUUUGCUGCGGCCGCUGCGGACGCCCUGGCGUGGCGUCGCGGAGCUAGUCGGCCGGAUUCAAUACGGGCGGGGGGUAAGAGGAGGAGAGGAGGAGAGGAGGGAAAGAGAGUGAGUGUGUAUGGGUUACUUAUCGGGGUUCAGGGGCAGGGGACAGGUAUAUUUAUUGCUCGUGUCUGCCAACACCCUAGUAGUAGUUUAGUUUUCCACCCCGCUGCCCUCCCCCUCUCCGCCUCUCUUUGGGGGGCCAGGUAAGCGGGUAGUAGCCGCUAGGCACGUACGAACACGCACUGGCACAUGGAUACAGUGAAGGGGAGGGAGGAGGACAGCGAGGAAGAGGGGGAGGGGGACUGGCGAGGAUUCUGCCUAACGUCAACAUCCUUAUCACCACCUAAUAAUAUU